GUUGGUUCUUGAGUUGGAUUGAGUUUCCCGUGCCGAUGCUUGACUCGGGGCACGCAUCUUCUGUCUAAGUGUCUUUUGUAGUUGGCGAGUUCCCCUUUAACCCUGAGGAACAGGCUGGGGUCGAGUCCGAGUUCGGGUCUAGCGAGCGCCGGCCAUGAGCACUGACUACACCUACGACGAGGAGGGCUACCUCUGGCCCUUCUUCGUCUUCACGCUCACCCUGAUCAUUACCGUCCCCCUCACAUUCCUCCUCGUCAAGCGGUCGCGAGACCCGGCCGCUUCGUUUCCGCGAAUCCAAAGCAACUUCAAACAUGCCCAUUCGGAGACGAUCGACUCCUUGCGCAGGCGGGAGAAGCGCAAAGACAGGAAACUGUGGCUGAUCACUGCCGUCGUCGCGGGGUGGGCCAUCAUGGGCUACAUGCUCUACCUCAUUCAGACGACCGAGGCGCCCACGCAACAGCUCUGGAACCCCUACGACAUCCUGGGCAUCUCCGAGUCGGCGACUGAGAAGCAGAUCAAGAGCACAUACAAGAAGCUCUCGCUCAAGCUGCACCCCGAUAAGGCGAGACCGGAUCCGUCCAAGAACGAGACGGUCGAAGAUCUGAACAGGCGCUAUGUCGAGAUCUCCAAGGCGUACCAAGCACUGACGGACGAAGAGGUUCGCAACAACUACAUCCAGUACGGCAACCCGGAUGGAAAGCAGGGGUUCAGCAUCAACAUUGCGCUGCCUAAGGUCAUCGUUUCGGACGGCAAUGGCAAGUACGUCGUGCUGGUCUACUCGAUGCUCUUCGGCGUCCUGCUGCCCUACCUCGUUGGGUCUUGGUGGUACGGUACGCUCCGGCGUUCCAAGGAGGGCGUCCUCAUGGAGAGCGCAAACAGGCUGUUCCGCGAGUACAAGGAUAACAUUGACGAGGGCGGCGUCGUCACUGCGCUCAGUACCGGGAAGGAGUUCGAGGAGCUCUUUAAGGGAGACAAGGCGGACUCGGGCCUGUCCAAGGUGGAAUCCAGAAUCCUCGCCGAGGGCGAGCUCACUCCUCUGGCCGGCGGUCUCUCUGUGAAAGACCGGGAGAAGCUGGAGGGUCUGGAAAGCGGCCCGCAACGAAAGGCGCUGGCGCUGCUGUGGGCUUACCUCGGCCGGGUCGAGCUGGACGAUGCCGAGUUGAACAAGGCAAAGUUUGCGGUCGCCCCGAUUGCGCACUCCCUCACCAAGUCCCUUACCGCCAUCUCGCUCGCCUACAUGAACACGGGACCGCUUCUCGCCUCGUACUACGCCAGCCAACUCCUGAUCCAAGCGCUUCCUCCCAAGUCGUCGCCGCUCCUCCAGCUGCCCUACUUCACGGCCGCCGUCGUCAAGGCUGUCGAGGGCGACUCGCGGAUCCACGCCAGCGUGCAAGACUUCAUGGACAGGCCAGAGGCCAAGCGGCGCAGCCUUGUCGUUGGCAAGGGCCUCCUCACAGAAGAGCAAUACCGCGAGGCCGUCAGCGUGGCCAAGCAGCUCCCUUAUCUCCGCGUCGCCAAGGCCUUCUUUAAGGUGACCGGCGAGCGCUUCAUCAUCCCCUCGUCUCUCGUCACGCUCGUCGUCAAGGGCCGCUUCGUGCCGCCCGGCUGCGAGAAGGUGCCCGAGAUCAACCCGGCCGACCUGGAAGACAUCGACCCGGCCGAGGACGACCUCGAUGCCAUCCUCGGCCGCAAGACCAAGAAGCUGGUCGGCAAGGACGAGAAGACGGGCAAGCCAAUCGUCGAGUCGGCCGAGGCGGAGCUCAUCGCCGCGCCCCUCGCGGCAGCCCCCUACUUCGCGCGCGACCACUCCCCCAGGUGGCACGUCUUCCUGACGGACUCCAAGCAGGGGCGCGUUGCCGUCCCGCCGUUCACAUUUGCGCAGUUUGACCGCCCCAUCUUCGAGGCCGACGGCAAGACGCCGACCUUUGCCAUGCAGACGCUCAAGGCGCAGUUCCAGGCGCCGUCCCAGGCGGGGCACUAUACGUUCGUCAUGCAUGUCGUGUGCGACAGCUAUAUCGGGUUCGACACCAAGAUGGAGGUGACGCUCAUUGUGGAGGAGGCGAGCAAGGCUGCCGAGAUGGAGGUCGAGGAUGAGAUUAGUGAGCCGGACGAGGACUCCAUUGCGGGCAUUAUGCAUGCUGCCAAGGGCGGCCAGCCGAAGAGGAGGAAACCGGCGGCGGCGGAGGACGACGACUCGGACGAGGAGAGCGGCACAGACGAUGAUGCCGAUGAUACCAGCGAGACAAACACGGAUACUGAGCCGGAGAACUAGACUGGGAAUUGGGUUUACUUGAUCGAUAAUUGUUGUACUCAAUCAGGUAGUGUACAUACGGCGUUAUGAUCGUGGAGUGUUGUAUACCUUCCCUUA